CAGUUAGCAGAGGCAGAAUGAGAGAGAAAGGGUUAGAGGAAUAGUGAAGUUUGAAACCGGUGAUCACGGUAGGUGAUGCCAGCUGCUCAACAACAAGUACAUUCCUCAGCAUGAAGCUGAAAAGAGAGAUAAUAUCUGGAUCCGUUCCCACACAGAAUUCAGUCAUCGCAAUGUACUUUUUGUGAGUACAUAAAAAAUGAGAGAAGCUGCAAUCUGAAGAACGUUUAGUGAAGAAGCACUUGUUUCACUUGCUUAAAAGACGGGAAAAAAUACAACGAUGAAUAAUAUGGAAUUAAGUUAAUCUUCAGGUUUGAGUUUAAGGAGUGUCAAAGCACAGUGGCAGAAUAAAGAUGGGCAAUACCUCAGCUACCAUGUGACCGAUCCAAGCGCUGAUUCCAUCUGGAGAUAAUAAUUUGGAGGGGAAUUCUUUGGAAACUCUUUUGCUCAAUAAAUUGGAUUCUUGCAAGCAAACAAAUGUGCAUUACUGGAAUUUGAAUGUCCCACCACCCUCGGAUCGGAGGGAGUCUGUGACAAUGCUGGACGACCCCACGGAAAAAACAAAAGCACAACUAUCCAAAGCAGAAUGGCUAGCAAUAGUGUUUCAUCCACGCCGGAGCUCAACCAAACAGGGAGUGAGGACUUGGAAUCCCUCCAGCCUGGAGAACAACUCCGUUGGGCCGCACUGCUCAUCCUUCUGGUCAUCAUCCCCACCAUUGGUGGAAACAUCCUGGUCAUUCUGGCAGUGUCACUGGAGAGAAAACUGCAGAACGCCACUAACUUCUUCCUGAUGUCUCUGGCUGUGGCCGAUCUGCUGGUGGGACUGCUAGUCAUGCCCAUCGCUCUGGUGACUGUGCUGUUCCACUCCAGAUGGCCCCUUGCAGAUUUCCUGUGCCCUAUCUGGCUCUUUCUGGAUGUCUUGUUCUCAACUGCCUCCAUCAUGCACCUGUGUGCCAUCUCCCUCGACCGCUACAUUGCGAUCAAGAAACCAAUCCAGCACAGCCAGUUCAAGUCCAGAUCCAAAGCACUGGCUAAAAUCGCACUGGUCUGGCUAAUCUCUAUAGGUAUUGCAAUACCUAUUCCAAUCAAAGGGCUACAAGUCUUCGACCAUCCAAACAUCACCUUCAACAACAACCACACCUGUCUGUUGUCGCCAGAAGGAUUCGGGGACUUCAAGGUGUAUGGGUCUUUGACAGCUUUCUUCAUACCUCUUACAAUUAUGAUGAUUAUCUACUUGCUGACAAUCCAAGUACUGCGGAAAAAGGCCUAUCUUUUGAGAUCGGGAGCUGCAAGGCCCAGCAUUUCCACCAUCUUCCACCAGGAACUGCCGGGUCUCUCUUCACCUGUGAAAGUGGCCACUGCAAAUGGAAUUAAAAGGGACCGAACACUGCGUCCCAUUACAAGAGAUGAGGUCCCUCUCCGCAGGAUGUCCACCAUGGGAAAGAGGUCCAUGCAAAACUUGAGCAAUGAACAAAAGGCGUCAAAGGUUCUGGGGAUUGUUUUCAUGUUGUUUGUUGUGAUGUGGUGUCCUUUCUUCAUUACCAAUGUGACUUCUGUACUCUGUCAAGGGUGCAACAGUAAACUAGUGGAACGACUGUUGGAUAUCUUUCAAUGGGUGGGCUACAUUUCGUCGGGAAUCAACCCCCUGGUUUAUACACUGUUCAACGGGACGUUCAGGCAGGCCUUUAGGCGCUACAUCACCUGCAACUACAGACGUGUAAAGACUCCGAAAAUGCAACGGAGAAGCAGAAUUACUUUUCGGUCAUCGGUGACCGAAAACUCAAAGCGGUUCAUGAAACACAGCAUGAAGAACGGAGUCAGCCCUGUAAGUUAUCAGAGUCCUCUCCUCUCAAAUCGUCCCACGAACCUGCAGACCUCUGCAAACAUCACGUUGAACAUGUUGCUCCUUGCAGACAACGAAGACUGCAAACCUGACGAACACAUAAGCCACGUGUAGCAUAUCUGACACACUUCAGAUAAGAAGCCAAGUUACAGAUGUGCCAGUCUUUCAGUGCCAAAAGGCUAUAAGUUCUCAUGGGAACCCAUGAGAUGUGGUCUAAAAGGAGUUCAGAAGGACUGCAUAAAAUGGUCAAUGUAAUGCUCCAUCUUAAAGCCUUGGAUUGGCAGAUAGAAUGGCACAUGACAUGAAUGUCUAAGAACCCCCAGAAGACAAAAAAAUAGCUUUGGGGAGUGAAAGUAAUGGCCAGCCUAAUAACUGGCAGUACUGUGAAAACAAACAGCACUUACGGCAAAG